CACAGCCGAGUGCACAUGGCCAGGAGGAGCACAAACCCAGCAGCACCUCAUAAUCAAAAUAUUGAAAGUAGCAUUGCCACUUUAGAGAGGCGCGUACUGUACCUACCCAGUAUAACGUGUAUUAGCUUUUAUCUUUACUUGACUUGUUUACUUGUCCCUUGUCGACCCGAGCCAUACGCCACACCUUACUAUACCCAACGUACCAGAGAAGUCUCGUUCGUGAGCUCCAGACAGAUUUCUGUUUUAUCCACAACUUGCGGAGUUGAUCAUAAAUUGGAGAAAAUGGCAAGUGGGCUACCAAAGGAGGAGAUUGAAGAGCUUAGGAAAGAAUUCAAUAAGGAGGACAUUAAUAAAGAUGGCAGCAUCUCUGUUGACGAACUAUCGAAAGUUAUGGGAAAUUUUUUCACGGAUGAUGAAACAAGAGCAUGGAUUAAAGAAGUCGAUAUUAACAGUGACGGACGUGUUCAAUUUGAAGAGUAUUUGUUGUUGGUGCAGGGAAAGAAGAUGACAAAAUCUUACAACAAGGUAGAGUUAGAAAGAAUGUUCAAAGACCUUGACAAGGAUGGUAGCGGAAAGCUCUGUGUCCAAGAACUGAGAUUGGGCUUCAAAUCGUUCUAUGAAAAAAGGAUCGAUAAGAUUUUAGCAGAAUGCGACAAGGAUGGCGAUGGUCUCAUCGACUAUAAAGAAUUCACCGAGUCGUUGAUUUUUAAACUUCCCGUUCCAGAGUGAAGGUGAUGAUCGUGUUCUCCUUACUACAAAUCCUCUAUUAGAUUCCACUCACAAGGUCGACCCUCAUAUUUAUAUGUUACUUUAAGCGAAGGUGAUAAUUUCUGUUUGUGUAUAUUUUUCAUCAUUAUCUUACUUCUGAAAGCCGACUUUACAUUAUCCAUUAUUUUGUUUCCUGGUGGGUGUUUCAUAAAGCUGUUGGUAAGUUAAGAGCGACUUUAAGAACGACUGGUGAUCCCUUCAUGCGGUAAGUGGUAUAUUGUAUUGGUGAUGGUUUAGCGCGUAAGAAAGGUUCACCAGUCGUUCUUAAAGUCGCUCUUACGAACAGCUUUAUGAAACGGCCCCUGCACUCGGGAUACCUUAUAAUCAUAACGGAACAAGGUGUAUAUGUGUGGGUUUUUUUUAUUCUUGAGUCCAAACAUUUGUCAUACAAUGCCUGUCAUGAAUGAUACAUUCGUUUCAGAUAUUAUAAUAAUCACAAUGGAGAAUAAAGACUGAAAAGCGCAUGAAUGUAUAUAUGCAGGUAGAAAAUAGCCCCAGAAAUUACGGACCUCCCAAUUUGAUUUUAGGCAGUUAUUUUCAUGUUUAUCAGACAACGUGGCUGGAAGCCUUAAGAGCACACUUUCUAAAGUCCAGUUGUGUUUAAAGGUAUAGACUUAAUUCUUUGUACCCUCAUAAAAUUCAAUUCAUCUUUUUGACCUGUUGACACAAAUGCAAAGUGUAGGCUUUCUUCAGUCAAAUCACUGAUAAACAUUUAUGCCACAUUUGGUAUCGCUGUGAAAGCGUGAAGAGGAGUUGACACAGUGCAAUCAUCAUUUUGUGUAUACAUAUAUCACGUCGAAGAAUAAAUAAUUAUGGACGAUGAUAACAUCUUCAAUGUCAUAGCAUUUAGUCUUAAUGUAAUAUUGUUACAACGAAAUUCCAGUUCGUAUGUCACAUUUGUUUUUUCUCUUUUUGUCAUAUAUUGUG